UGAUAAUGAUGGAUCAAUUGAAGGAACCAGCAAUACAACUUCUACUUCACCAGUUUAUGUAACCCAACAAUUAAAUAAUAACAACGAUUCUUCUUUAAUUACUUCUGUUCUUCAAGAAAUUCAAUUGCCUCAUGAUGGUUCUGAUGAUUCUUUAUUUGCUCCACAAAUUGAUAAUCAAUCCAUUGCUUUACUUCAAAGUCUGCCUCCUCCAACAGAAGAAAUGCGUUAUCGAAGUCCAGCACUUCCUAUAAGGACAAGAUCUUCGCCUCUUUAUUCGCUAGUUUUGGAUUUGGAUGAGACAUUGGUUCAUUGUAGUAUUGAAGAAUUGCCUGAUGCUGCAAUGACUUUUGAAGUUGAAUUUCAAGAUCAAGUUUUCCAGGUUUUUGUCAGAGUUCGUCCUCAUCUUCACGAAUUUCUUGAACGUUUGUCAAAUCAUUUUGAAAUUGUUCUCUUUACUGCGAGUAAAAGAGUUUAUGCAGAGAAACUUUUGAAUUUACUUGAUCCCGGAAAACGAUUUAUUCGUCAUCGUCUCUAUCGUGAACAUUGUGUAUUUGUUGCUGGCAAUUACAUCAAAGAUUUGAGUAUUCUUGGAGGAGAUCUUUCAAAAACUGUAAUUCCAAUUGAGAGUUGGUUUGUUGAGAGGAAUGAUACUGAAUUGUUGACCUUUUUUGGAGUCUUUAAGUAG